AUGGCUGGUGGAGGAUUUACCAAUGCUGGAGGCAAAAGGGCUCAUCUUUAUGAGUACAAGAUUACUAGCUUUUUCAUAUUUUCUUGCAUUGUCGGUGCCAUGGGUGGCUCUCUCUUCGGCUAUGAUCUUGGUGUUUCCGGUGGCGUGACGUCCAUGGAUGAUUUUCUGAAAGAGUUCUUCCCACGUGUUUAUGCAAACAAGCAUGCGCAUCUUAGUGAGACAGAUUAUUGUAAAUAUGACGAUCAGAUAUUGACAUUGUUUACUUCGUCUCUGUACUUUGCGGCCUUGGUUUCAACAUUUUUUGCUUCAAGUCUGACAAAGAACAAAGGUAGAAAAGCCAGCAUCAUCGUCGGAUCUAUAAGCUUCUUCAUCGGGGCUGUAAUCAAUGCCGCUGCAAUGAACAUCGCCAUGUUGCUCAUUGGCCGUAUCCUCCUCGGUGUCGGCAUCGGAUUUGGCAACCAAGCCGUUCCAUUGUAUCUUUCUGAAAUGUCUCCAGCUAAAGUACGAGGAGCAGUGAAUCAAUUAUUUCAGUUAACAACUUGUUUGGGAAUUCUGGUAGCAACCUUGGUGAACUAUGGCACGGAGCAACUACACCCAUGGGGAUGGAGAUUAUCUCUAGGUUUAGCCACAGUUCCUGCAACAUUAAUGUUCAUAGGAGGCAUGUUGUGCCCAGAGACACCAAAUAGCCUCGUGGAACAAGGCAGGAUGGAAGAAGCAAGAACCAUACUAGAGAAGAUCAGAGGAACCACUAACGUAGAUGCAGAAUUCGAAGAUAUGAUUGAGGCAAGCAGAGAAGCUCAGGCCAUAAAGAACCCAUUCCAGAACUUGUUGCUCAGAAGGAACAGACCUCAGCUUGUGAUUGGGGGGUUAGCUAUCCCGGCUUUCCAGCAGCUGACUGGGAAUAACUCAAUCCUCUUCUAUGCUCCUGUCAUCUUUCAGAGUUUAGGCUUUGGGAAUGGAGCUUCAUUAUAUUCUUCUGUUAUUACUAGUGUUGCCCUUGUCAUGGCUCCUCUCAUCUCAAUGGCUGUCGUCGACAAGUUUGGCAGAAGAGCAUUGUUCUUGGAAGCCGGUGCUGAAAUGUUAAUCUACUUGGUGGCAGUAGCAGUUGUUUUGGCAUUAGAGUUUGGUGAAGGGAAAGACUUGUCAAGAGGGACAAGUAUAUUUCUAGUGAUAGUGAUAUUCUUGUUUGUGUUGGCAUAUGGAAGAUCGUGGGGUCCAUUAGGUUGGCUAGUUCCGAGCGAGCUUUUCCCAUUAGAGAUAAGGUCGUCCGCACAGAGUGUGGUGGUGUGUGUGAAUAUGAUCUUCACAGCGCUAGUGGCACAGUUCUUCCUGAUGUCACUAUGCCAUCUCAGAUAUGGAAUAUUCUUGUUGUUCGGUGGGUUCAUUGUGAUCAUGAGCAUGUUCAUAUUAUUCUUUUUGCCAGAAACAAUGAAAGUUCCAAUUGAGGAGAUCUAUUUGCUAUUUCAAAACCACUGGUUCUGGAGAAGAUUUACUUUAGAAGAUCCAUCCCAGUCCUUCAAUAAUACUGCUUAG